AUGUCAUUUACAAUUCGUCCUUUGGCAACUGGUUUGCCACGUUUUGGUUCACGCGUUCUCCUUGCCAACGCUGCUCGUCGUGCUCCUUUGACACAAUCAUCGGUUCGCGGCUAUACUACGGGUGGUGGUAGUACCAAGAAAUCCAGCAACAACACGCUUUUGUUUUUGGGUUUGGCCGCUCUUGGUGGCGCUGGUGGUUACUACUACCAUAAUAGCCAACAAGGUGUCAAGGUGUUGGAUAGCAGCAGCAAGAAAAAGAACAUUGACUACAAUCAAGUCUACAAGGAUAUUGCCGAGAUCCUCGAAGAUAAUGACUAUGACGAUGGAUCCUAUGGCCCUGUUCUUUUGCGCUUGGCAUGGCACGCCUCCGGUACCUAUGAUAAGGAUACCAAGACCGGUGGAAGCAAUGGCGCCACCAUGCGUUUUGAACCCGAGGCCACCCAUGGUGCCAACAAUGGUCUCAAGGUAGCACGCGAUCUUUUGGAAAAGAUUCAUGCCAAGUAUCCCGAGAUUAGCUAUGGUGACUUGUGGACUUUGGCUGGUGUUUGUGCCAUCCAAGAAUUGGGUGGUCCUACUAUUCCUUGGCGCCCUGGUCGUCAAGAUGCCUUGACGGCUGAAAGCUGCACACCUGAUGGUCGUCUUCCUGAUGCUGCACAAAAGGAAAAGCAUGCACGCGAUAUUUUCUACCGUAUGGGCUUCAAUGACCAAGAAAUUGUUGCCUUGGUAGGUGGUCAUGCCUUGGGUCGUUGCCAUCCCGACCGCAGUGGAUUUGAUGGUCCAUGGAUUGAGUCCCCUACUGUCUUCUCCAAUGAGUACUUUAAGGCCUUGACUGAACGCAAAUGGAUCAAAAAGGAACUUCCCAAUGGUGGUUGGCAAUACGUUGACAAGGCCAAUCCCGAUGUCAUGAUGUUGCCUAUUGAACUUGCCAUGUACGAAGACAAGGAAUUCAAAAAGUACUUUGAUGAAUAUGCCAAGGAUGAAGCCAAGUUCUUUGAAGACUUUAGCAAGGCAUUCAAGAAACUCAUUGAAUUGGGUGUGCCCUUCAAGGGUGAUGAAAAGGUUUAUGUUUUCCAAAAGACCACUGAAUAA